UUCGUUCCCUUCUUUUCCUUCCAGUCUGCUUCUUCUUCUGUUGUGCCGUUGGCUUUGGUCAGGGAACUGGGGGGGGAGGGAUCUCGCGAUUGUUGGGACUUUUUUUUUUCCGGGGGGGGAGAGUUAUUCGGAAGAUGGCGCCCGUUGUAACGGGGAAGUUUGGUGAGCGACCUCAGCCACAGCGAUUAACAAGGGAAGCCAUGAGGAACUACUUGAAGGACAAAGAUGAUCAAACGGUGCUCAUUCUACACGCAAAAGUCGCACAAAAGUCAUAUGGCAAUGAAAAAAGGUUUUUCUGUCCUCCACCGUGUGUAUAUCUGAUGGGCACCGGAUGGCAAAAGAAGUUGGAAAAAAUGGAGAAGGAGGGCUGUACUGAGCAGGAGGCCCAGCCUUGUGCCUUCAUUGGAAUUGGCAACAGUGAGCAGGAGAUGCAGCAGCUCAAUCUGGAGGGCAAGCACUUCUGCACAGCUAAGACGCUGUAUAUCAGUGACUCAGAUAAAAGGAAGCACUUCAUGCUAUCUGUAAAGAUGUUGUAUGGAAACAGCGCCAACAUUGGAGUCUUCUUCAGCAAGAGGAUCAAGGUCAUCUCCAAGCCCUCCAAGAAGAAACAGUCCUUGAAAAAUGCUGAUUUAUGUAUAGCAUCUGGGACAAAGGUGGCCUUGUUUAACCGCCUGCGUUCCCAGACGGUCAGUACCAGGUAUCUCCAUGUGGAGGGGGGAAACUUUCAUGCCAGCUCUCAACAGUGGGGUGCCUUCUACAUUCACCUCUUGGACGAUGAUGAGUCUGAAGGGGAGGAGUUUGCUGUAAGAGAUGGCUAUAUUCACUAUGGCCAGACAGUCAAAUUGGUUUGUUCUGUGACUGGCAUGGCCCUGCCAAGACUGAUCAUUCGAAAAGUGGACAAGCAAGCAGCUUUAAUGGAUGCUGAUGACCCGGUGUCCCAGCUUCACAAGUGUGCCUUUUACCUGAAAGAUACAGACAGGAUGUAUCUCUGUCUAUCACAGGAGAGGAUCAUCCAGUUCCAGGCUACACCGUGCUCCAAAGAGACCAACAAGGAGAUGAUUAAUGAUGGUGCUUCAUGGACUAUCAUUAGUACUGACAAAGCAGAGUACACCUUUUAUGAGGGCAUGGGCCCCGUGCCCACACCAGUAACACCCGUCCCUGUGGUUGAAAGCCUGCAGUUAAAUGGUGGAGGAGAUGUUGCUAUGUUGGAGCUGACAGGACAGAACUUCACCCCUAACCUCAGAGUUUGGUUUGGAGAUGUGGAGGCAGACACCAUGUACAGAUGUGGGGAGAGCAUCCUUUGCGUGGUGCCAGACAUCUCUGCCUUUAGGGAGGGUUGGCGCUGGGUGAGACAGCCAGUUCAGGUCCCUGUCACGCUGGUUCGCAGUGAUGGAAUCAUCUACGCCACUGCCUUGACCUUCACGUAUACCCCCGAACCAGGGCCAAGACCUCACUGCAGUGCUGCUGGAGCUAUUCUGCGGUCACACAGCACCUCUUCAUCAUCACCCGCAUCUUCAUCCUCACCUUCAUCUUUGAUGGGUGUGCUCGGGGAUGGCCACGGAGCCUACAGCAGUAGUGACUCUGGCAUGUCGUCUGGGACUUCAGCUAUGUCGGUGCUGUCAUAGUAAAACGUGUUUUGUGAUUGUGCUCUCAGUGACUGAGUGAGAAAAUGUGAGCAUGUUCUCCAAAGAGGCUCAUGGACCUGUGAAGAAUUGCACAGAAGCUAAGAAGUUCUUUGUUAGAGGAACUGUGAAACUAUGAGGAGGAAAAAAAGACAACUUCAGAAGCAAGAGUUGUGAUUUCUGAUUGUACUGUAUCACCCUCUUGUGGAUUGAUGUGGACAUAUCAUAAGCUCCACUCAGAGUAACGUGAUAUCCAUGCUCUUCAUCUAAAAGAAGGUGAACUAUCUAACUCCCAUAGCAACAUCAUUUGUAAAAUAACCUUUUUGUUUUGUUUUUAUAUACUUGGCAGGUUUGGAAGCUACUUUAACUGCUUUCUUACUACCAGCAUUAUGUUUGCAGAUGAACACAAACUUGUAAUUGCAUUGAGCAAGGGAAAAUUUGUAAGAAUAACAUAGUUUUAUGGACCAAGGAAUAUUAUUAUAUUAUUUUAUUCAUAUUGUAUUUUAUAAGUUUUUUCUGAGGUACAUUUUUGUAUGAUACACUGCAUAGUAAGAUCAGUUUGUUACCAAGAUAGUUUUUCAUAUUGUUGCCUCCCAUUCCUGUUUUCUCUCAGUUGAGUCAAGAUGAAAAUUGCUUUUCAUGUGUGUAAUAGUCAGACAACAGCUUCUCACCUUUUUCUUUUUUUUUUUUAAAGCUUACUUGCUGUCGUUAACAGUUGAGUGUGUUGCAAUGAAAAAGAGUCAGUCAGUCUUUGGAAGCACUUUAGAAAAUGAAGAUAUCUCUAUGUCUGCUUGCAGUUAUUGGCUUGGCUGUUUUAUGUUUUCCAGGCCACUGAACAGUUUUGGUUUCUCUUUUAUAUCAAAGAUGACAUUUUUAAUGAAUGUAGAGUGUGUGUGUGUGUGUGUGUGU